CGCGCGUCCCGGCAGAGCGUGCCGGCCUUUCAAGAUGAAUUGUGAUCAAGUCACGCUGGUGGGGCAGGUGUUCGAGUCGUAUGUUUCAGAACACCAUAGGAAUGACAUUCUUUUGAUCUUGAAGGAAAGAGAUGAAGAUGCUCAUUACCCCAUUGUGAUUAAUGCCAUGACUCUUUUUGAAACAAACAUGGAAAUUGGAGAAUAUUUCACUGUAUUUCCCAAUGAAGUCCUGACUGUUUUUGACAGUGCACUCCGAAGGUCAGCUUUGACAAUUCUGCAGUCUCUUUCACAGCCUCAGGACUUUUCUAUGAAACAGAAUCUUCAUGCCAGGAUUUCAGGGUUGCCUGUCUGUCCUGAACUGGUAAGGGAACACAUCCCUAGAACCAAGGAUGUGGGACAUUUUCUGUCUGUCACUGGGACAGUGAUUCGAACAAGUGUGGUGAAGGUCCUGGAGUUUGAGCGGGAUUACAUGUGUACCAAGUGCAAGCAUUCAUUUGUGGUCAAGGCUGACUUUGAGCAGUAUUACACCUUCUGCCAGCCAUCUUUGUGUCCAAGCUUGGAGAGCUGUGGUUCCUCAAAAUUCACCUGCCUCACAGAUUUGUCUUCAUCACCAGCCAGGUGUCGAGAUUACCAGGAAAUUAAAAUUCAGGAACAGGUUCAAAGGCUAUCUGUUGGAAGUAUUCCACGAUCCAUGAAGGUUGUCCUGGAAGAUGACUUAGUAGACAGUUGCAAAUCUGGUGAUGACCUCACUAUAUAUGGGAUUGUGAUGCAGCGGUGGAAGCCCUUUCAGAAAGAUGUGCGCUGUGAAGUAGAGAUAGUUCUGAAAGCCAACUAUGUCCAAGUGAAUAAUGAGCAAUCCUCUGGGAUGGUUAUGGAUGAGGAAGUCCAAAAGGAAUUUGAAGACUUUUGGGAACACUAUAAGAGCAAUCCUUUUGCAGGAAGGAAUGAAAUACUGGCUAGCUUGUGUCCUCAAGUGUUUGGGAUGUAUUUAGUAAAACUUGCUGUGGCCAUGGUACUGGCUGGUGGAAUCCAAAGGACUGAUGCUACAGGAACAAGGGUCAGAGGUGAAUCUCAUCUUUUAUUGGUUGGGGAUCCUGGUACAGGGAAAUCUCAAUUCCUUAAAUAUGCAGCCAAGAUUACACCAAGAUCUGUGUUGACCACGGGAAUUGGAUCCACAAGUGCAGGUCUGACAGUGACUGCUGUAAAGGACUCAGGAGAAUGGAAUUUGGAGGCUGGGGCCUUAGUACUUGCAGAUGCAGGCCUUUGCUGUAUUGAUGAAUUUAAUAGCCUCAAAGAGCAUGAUAGAACCAGUAUUCAUGAAGCAAUGGAGCAACAGACUAUAAGUGUUGCUAAAGCUGGCCUUGUAUGCAAGCUGAACACAAGGACCACCAUCCUGGCAGCAGCUAACUCCAAAGGCCAGUAUGAUCCCCAGGAGUCAGUAUCUGUGAAUAUUGCCCUGGGCAGCCCACUCUUAAGUCGAUUUGACUUGAUCCUGGUUUUGCUUGACACCAAGAAUGAAGACUGGGAUCGCAUCAUUUCCUCUUUUAUCUUACAAAAUAGAGGUUACCCAAGCAAGUCAGAGAAGCUCUGGAGCAUGGAGAAGAUGAAAACCUACUUUUGCCUCAUUAGGAAUCUGCAGCCCACACUGUCUGAUGUGGGCAAUCAAGUACUCCUCCGAUACUACCAGAUGCAAAGGCAAAGUUAUUCCCGGAAUGCUGCCCGUACCACCAUCCGCCUGUUGGAAAGCUUGAUCCGGUUGGCAGAAGCUCAUGCUCGCCUGAUGUUUCGUAAUACUGUGACCUUAGAAGAUGCUAUCACAGUGGUAUCAGUAAUGGAAUCUUCAAUGCAGGGAGGUGCACUGCUCGGAGGUGUGAAUGCUCUUCAUACCUCCUUUCCUGAAAACCCUCAGGAACAGUACAGGAGGCAGUGUGAACUUAUUCUGGAAAAGCUGGAGCUCCCAAAUCUCUUGCAUGAAGAACUUGGAAGACUUGAGAGGUUGCAGGAUGACAAUGUGCAUCAGCCACAGGCAGCAGAGACAGGGACAGCUCCAGGUUUCUCGGGAAAUGAUCCAAGGGAAGAACCAGUGCUUAGGAUGUCUACUCAGCAAGAACUGAAUUAUAGCACACACAUAUCCUCCUCUGGCGGCAAUCCCAGGGAAAGCCUAGCUGUAGACUCCCAAUGCUAUCUGGGUCCCAAUGGCCCAACAAACAGCCAUUCCACUGAGUACAAGGACACCAAUAAUAGUUUGGACUGGUUUGACUUCAUGGCAACCCAUCAGAUUGAACCAGAGAGCAUGUCUCUUGUGUCUCCUGGUCUGAAAUCAACCAAAGAAAACAUGGCUUUGAAAAUGUCUAACAACAAAUCUCAGUGUAAAGAGAAGAGUAGGCUAGGCCAAAGGUACAAAUUAGAAGCCAAACAUCUUCCGUCACCCAGAGUCACAGAUUCUCAGUCAAGGCCAUACAAUGUCAAGGAUAAAAAGAAUAAAAGAGGAACAGUAGUGUCUGAAGUUGCAGGAUCCACUGAUGCUCCAGGCUCAGUACUGACUCAUGUCCUCUGUAGUCACCACCAGCUGCAAAAGCAGGGGGCCCAGAGCUUGUGCAGAAAUGCUACCUGCUCACCCUCACUACCCACAGUUCCUUCUCCUCCAAACAUUCCUUUACAUGACCAAGAAAAAACAGAAACACCAAAAAGAAAGAGACCCAAAUCCCUUGCUCUUAUGGGAGAGCCUGAACUUGAGAGUGCUUGGAGUCCAGGUAACCCAGUAGCCAAAUUAACCAAGUUUACUUUCAAACAGAAGUCAAAGUUGCCCCACCCCUCUGAACUUCACAGCCAUGCAUCUCCUGCUACAGCUAUAAUAGCAGCCCAUAGCUAUAACAUUCCCCAGAAAAGAAUGAGAAGAGAAGCCCCUACACCUGUUGAAGGUCCAGAAAAGUUGACAUCUACCUCAGGGGAUGGAAGAUCCGACCUGAUGCAAGGGAAGACAGUGAGGCUGUCACAGCAGCCUGGACCGGAAAAGAGGGCAGUUAAGCCUGAAUUGGAGCUUGGGAAUGAGGCUGGACCCAGUUCCCAUCUGACUUGUGAAAGAGACAGAAAGGAAGAGGUCUCCUGCAGUAAUAAAAGCAUCAUGGUUCAUGCUGGCACAUUAGCCAGACUGGCAAACUUCUCCUUCACUUCCCCACCAGCAUCCAAAUCAGAAUCCCUUUCUCCAUUGAGAAGGAAGAGCUGGGGGGAGAGCAACCCCAGCCUUCCUCCAACCACAGCUCCAGGACUUGGCAGGGAAAGGAAAUCUUUUCAGCUGCAACAGUCCACUGAGAGUUCACAUCUUUCCAAAAAUUCUCUCUUCACAUUAACAGAACUGGAUGAUGAAGCAUUAGAUUUUGACUGGGAUGAAGAAAUGAGAAAAAAGCCAUAAAUAUGGAAAGCUUUCUUGACAAAUUUUGUCUUCCUUAACACUAUGCCUUCAAAGCAUCAGUGCCUUGUGUGUAAUGAAUGUACUAUCGACUAUAUUGAGUGCUGUUCUGAACACCAACUCUCCCAUAGGUUUCAUCAACUCAGGUUUAUCUUCAUGCUUAAAAUUGUGCCAUUCGGAGCUGGAUAGAUGGCUUAGUGGUUAAGGCGCUUGUCUGCAAAGCCAAAGGACCCAGGUUCAACUCCCCAGGACCCAUGUAAGCCAGAUGCACAAGGGAGCACACGUAUCUG